GGAUAGAUACACCCCCCUCCCACUCUGCCCAUCGGUUGCGAGGAAGGAGAGCCCCAGCCUCUGCCUGCGCAGCCCUUGCGGGGAUCUCGAGUGGAAGAGGGCUCCCCCGGUCAGGUGCAGAGCUAUUAAAAGCAGCAAACCAGGAGCCUUUGGGCUGGCUGUGUAGAGCAAUAAUUAGGCCAGAUAUCGGUUUACUCAGCUUGGGUGGUUACGUGAAUAUCAGUUUUGUGUGUGUGUGUGUGUGUGUCUAUGGAGAUUCUCAGUCAUCUAGAUCAUGGUUGUUGCAAAGGUGUUUUUUCAAGAGGCAACUGGACUUUCUGGUUUUUCUUUGAAGACGUUUCACUUCUCCUCCAAGAAGCUUCUUCAGCUCCUCUGUGUGUGUGAGUGAGUGAGUAUGUGUGUGUGUGUGAGAAAGAGAAGGGGGGUGGGAGGAGACAGAGCUAUCUGGAAAGGUAAGAUUAAGUCUCUCCAAUCCAGCUCUAUCCUUGAGAACCUCCUGAACAUCUCCGUAAUAAGAAAGGCUUUUUGCCUUUAGCUUCUUCCUAGGUUGUUCUUCUGGACUUCCAUCUCCGUCCUAUGUAGCCUGGGAUUUCUCAGUGGUCUCCUUUCCCUCUGCUAAUAAGGAUCGAUGCGUUGUGCUGUUUCCGAAGGCGGCUGAACUUGAAGAAGUGCUUUUCAAGAUCAGCCAAGUCUCAGCUCCUGCUGGAAGAGUAAAUGGCCAUGGCCAGGAGGGCAUUUGACUAAAUCUAGAGUGAGCUUGAGCCAGUCCCUCUCUCAGUCCAACCCACCUCAUACGAUUGCGGGGAAAAUAAGAGAAAGAAAAUGUAUUAUAUAUGCUUCCUGCCUUGAGGCAGCUGGACGCUUCCUACCUGUGUCCUGAACUACCAUGAUAUCAUGGCAAGAUUUCGCAGGAGAACAUGCAUCGUUUUGCUGCUUUUUAUUUUAUUUAUUUGCUCUAUAAUGAUGGCACUGAAAACUCUGAGACCAGAAAGAGUUGGGUUUGGAGAUCCAUUUGGUCUUGGCCUGUUACCAGAUUUUCAGCAACAAACAACACAUUUAAAAAAGAAGUUCAGUCUGCAUAAAGGAGCAAAAGAAGAUAAUUUCCCACGGACCAAAAGUGUUCAUCCUCUACCGAUGAAUCUCAAAACACCUACAACUUCUGUAAGAAAAAUGGAAGAGCUACCUCCUCCAAAUUAUAACUUCCAUGUAUUUUACUACAGCUGGUAUGGGACUCCACAGUUUGAUGGAAAAUAUAUUCACUGGAACCACCCGUUAUUGACACACUGGGAUCCAAAAAUUGCAAGUGGUUAUCCAAAAGGCAGACACAAUCCUCCAGAAGAUAUUGGAUCAAGCUUCUACCCAGAACUUGGACCUUAUAGCUCUAGAGACCCAUCUGUCAUAGAAGCUCACAUGAAGCAAAUGAGAUCAGCAUCCAUUGGGGUUUUGGCUCUUUCCUGGUACCCACCUGUUAUGGCUGAUGAAAAUGGAGAUCCCACUGAUGGGCUUGUGCCUAUAAUUUUGGAUAUUGCACACAAGUAUAAAUUAAAGGUCACUUUCCAUAUUGAGCCAUAUAAAGACAGAGAUGACCGUAGCAUGUACAGCAAUGUCAAGUAUAUUAUAGACAAAUAUGGAGGCCAUCCAGCUUUUUACAGGCAUAAAGUCAGUACAGGUAGAACCCUUCCCAUGUUCUAUGUUUAUGAUUCUUACAUCACAAUUCCAGAAAUGUGGGCAAACCUGCUCACAGUAUCGGGAUCUCAAAGUAUACGUAAUACACCCUAUGACAGCUUAUUCAUUGCCCUUCUUGUAGAAGAAAAACAUAAACACGAAAUUCAUCGAAGUGGCUUUGACGGGAUUUACACCUAUUUUGCCACAAAUGGCUUCUCUUAUGGUUCAAGCCAUCAUAAUUGGCCCAGUUUGAAAGCUUUCUGUGACAUAAAAAACUUAAUGUUUAUUCCAAGUGUGGGCCCAGGCUACAUAGAUACCAGCAUUCGACCAUGGAACAAUCACAACACACGCAAUCGUGUCAACGGGAAAUAUUACGAGACGGCAUUCAGUGCUGCGCUUCUAGUAAGACCUGAGAUCAUUUCCAUCACCUCUUUUAAUGAAUGGCACGAAGGGACUCAGAUUGAAAAGGCCAUUCCUAAAAAGACAGAUUUGACAACUUACCUGGAUUAUCAGCCUCAUAAACCAAAUAUUUAUCUGGAGCUUACUCACAAGUGGUCUGAAAAAUAUAGCAAAGAAAAGGAACAGUGGCUUACAUGAGUUGCUAUUGUGGUUGAGAAUUUGACAAUGAAUCUGUUACCGAUAGAUUGAGAAGAUGUUGUGAGGAAGUGGUCUGACUAUUUCUAAGCUUUGUUAUAGAAAGUUUUCACUUUAAGGAACAAAGGUAACAACAAGCAAUACUAUCCCUUCAGUUACUUUAUUAUAUGAAGACUAUGUUGGCCAUGCUUAAUAUUGUAUAUAUUAUUCUGUACCACAAGUACUGUUUCCAGAGUAUUUGAGUGGUGGUACAAAUAGACUGUUAAAGAGCUAAAUUCAAAACUGGCUGCAAUUAAAAUAGUUACAUAAGAUAUUUGCAUGCAGCUGAUUUUUUUUCUCAUGGGGGGCAACCCCUCUCAAAGCAAAACAAGUUUAAAACCCAUUUCAAAUACAAUUUGAAAAGCUGUAGCUGAGAAAUAACUUCGAGCAAAGAUAGUACUCACAUCCAGUCCUUUCUCAGCAAAUCUAUUGGAUCAGAAGCUUGGAACAACUAUGUACAAAGAUAUUUAUCCAAGUCUAUUGAAGAUUAAUGUGUAUAUGAUGCAUGAUACUGUAAAGAGAGGAAUUUCUCUGGGAACUUUUUAGUUCAAGAACCACUUAAAAUUAGUGCUAUGUAAGAGCACAGUGUUGGGGUCCUGUUCAGAUUUUGUUUAAUCUCCAUGUGAAUAGCUGGAAUUGGAAAUAAAUUCCCUGUUAUUAUUUUUAGUGUGCUUUUCAGAACAUGAAAAACUUUUUAUUUGUGUUUACUUUAUUAAAAUUAGGGAUGGAAGUGAAAUUUUCAUAAUAUUUCUAGACAAUAAUUGUUUCAGUUUAGCUAUUUCUAAGAAGUGGUAAAUUGCCACCCACUUUUUUAUGUGAAUCACUGCAAAUAAAAUUAGGAAACAAUCCUAAUUCUCUCCCCCACCCACCCCAAAUAAGGGUUGAGGGAAGGAGAGAUUAAAGCAAUUACCAACUAAAAUUGAAAUAUUGGGAAAUUUAAAUUCAAUUUACUCAUAAAAUAGUUUAACCUGCAAAAAAGGGGGAAGGGCUGUUCCUAAUACAGAGAGCUUAGAAGCCAGAUUUAGUUCUGUCCCAAAUAUCAGAAUGUUUUGCUGGGUGGUGUUUUUUUUUUUUUUUUUUUAAGAAAAUGAUCUAGCAAAAUAUUUUACUGCUCAGAACAGGCUCAGAAUAUGUUUUCACAAACAUUCAUUGUUAGUCUUUUGGGUACAAGUCCUCAAGGUACAGGAGGUCAUUUAACAAACAUUUGAAGUUAUACCAGACUCCCCCAAAAUGACAUAUGACCCUGUUUCAAAGUUACAAAUUCUGCAAAGCCCACCUGGUCAUUUGCAGAGAUGCUGUAGUGUACCCAGCUAUUUCUCCCCAAACACACCCUGUCCUGCCGGGUCCCCAAGGACACUGGACCUGCUUUGUCCCCCCACAUGGUCCUUCUUCCCCCCCCCCCCACAAUCCCUCACUUAACCUUGUGAAGAUCUCUAGAGCUGAGGGGGGGGCGGGAAGGAGAAUAGGCCUCUCUUGCUGGGCCAUGGAGGAUAAUUACACAAGUUGUGUCUUUUUUUAUCCAAUCACCUGUGCAGCCUAGCAAUGAAGCGCCUGACCUGCAUGAUUAGUUGGCUUGGAAAAGUCCUGUGUUUGGCAAAGAAAUGUUUAAUUCACUAGCAAGGCAGCCCUUUACCUAUAAAAGCUACUUAUAUAUUGGCUCGAUUCAAUUUCUUUUCACAAAGAUGCAGUUUAAUGAUUCUUAAGCACCCCAUUAUGAUCACUCAAAGUUGUUUAUAUUGUUAAAAAAAAAUCCAUAAGUAUAAAAAUUAAUCAACUUAAAUUUGCUUCCAUGCAAGCAAGUUUAGUAAAAAGCAAAACUUUUUUGUUGAGCCAUUUAAAACACAAUAAUCUUUUGCAAUUUUGAGUGUCAAAAACUUUUCACAUGGACUCUUGUUAUUCCAUUAUAAGCUACAUGAUGUGGUACUUUUAUUUUUGCUAGUGAUGGGCAAACUCUUCCAACUGGGCCUGAGAAAAUCGCUUUAUGCAUUAAAACAAAAAACCUACCUUGCUUUAUUUUGCAUUUUGUUCUAAACCUAAUUUGCAGUCUGUUUAAGUAUCUACGAAUCUCAUAAGAAGCAGAAUGGGCCCAGACAUUCUUUUGUUGCAGCAUUCUAACUGCUGCUCCUUUUUCACUUGUCUUAUUUUCCUGGCCACAAAAAAUGUCUGCUGCAAUGGAAACUAUUUCUCCCAAGAAAUGUAUUUUUUCUAGGUGCCUGCGAACUUUGCAUAGAAGUAACUAGACCUGCGAUGGCGAACCUAUGGCACGCGAGCCACAGGUGGCACACGGAGCCAUAUCAGUGGGCAAGCGAGCUCAGCUCUGGUGCACGUGUGCGCUGGCCAGCUGAUUUCGGGCCUUCCAGUCCCAAAUGUUGUCAAACAGACCGUUUCUGGCCUCCAGAGGGCCUCCGGGGGGGGGAAGGCCAUUUUUGCCCUCUCCAGGCUCCUAGAAAACCUCUAGAGCCUGCGGAGGGCGAAAAACGGGCCUACCAGGCCCACUGUGCCAUCACGUGCCAAAAGCAGUGGGAGCGCAGAGGGGGUUGCUCGUGCAUGCACGGGGGGGGGACACAUAGAAUUAUGGGUGUGGGCAUGCACACGCGCAACCCCACCAUGCUCCCCCUGCUUUUGGCACGCAAUGGCAAAAAGGUUAACCAUCACUGAACUAGACGAAGGGACAUAUCCUGUGGUUUUAGUUGAAGAAUGGUGCAGGUGCAUCUCUUGAAAUCCCUUCACUACAAUAUUGCCAUCUGCUGCCAAAUGGCCAAAAGAAGGUGAGAAGGGAAGCCCAUUUCUUCUGCUCCUUCUCUCUUUGGCUUUUUAGCAGUUGAUAAACAUUCGAGGAGUUGAGGCGGAUGAGGUUCAGGUUUUCUAGGCAUGCUAAUAAUAGAAAUAUAAUCACAUCUUGCUAUUAUUUUUCCCCCACAAUGGAUCUAGCAUUAGUCACCUACCAGAGGAACUAAUGCAAGGACUUUUUAAAAAGACAUGCAAUUUGAUGUGAUUAGCUGUGAUAAAAGACAUUGUUCUCUACCAGUUUUGUAACUAUUUCUACAAAAGUAAAUGGGUCAUUGCAUUUUAGUAUAUACAGUAUCUCUAUAACAGAUACAUAAUGCAUAGUUACAAAUGGAGACCUGUGCACUAAAACAGCGGAUCCCAGCCUUUCCAGCUCCAUGGACCGGUGGCGGCCAGCCAGCAGUGAGGGGAGGGGAUGAUUUCGCGCAUGCAACCUAAUCCUGUGCAAGCACAAAAAGAGCUUCACACAUUCACCCACCACUUGUGUGGACCAGUUGCCAACGGGCCACAGACUGGGAAUUUAGACCCUGCACUAAAGAAUAAUAUAGAUACAUUGUAAAGUAAUUUUUUUUUAAUACAGCAAAUUGUGAGCUGAAUUUUAUAUUUCCUACCUAAUCGUAGAUUAUAGCUAAUGCAUACAAACCACACUAUACAACCAUAGAUAACAAUGUUAAGGUUUAAAUUUGUUAUACAAUUCUAACUUUCAUAGGUACCAGGAAAGAGCUUUAUUAAUGCUAUUUUCUUGCCAACAGAAAACUUAAGUGGUUAUUGUUUAUUUAUUAUAUCACUUAUUAAUUACUAUGAAUGUUUUAUGAAUUGUCCCUUGCAAGAAGGGGUAGGCAGUCUGCCAAUGGCAGAGAGCUUUGUAGAGCAACAGCAAGCAAGAUUAUACAAUUGAGUUUAGUUGCAAAAUGGUCGAUUCAUUUGCUCCUUUGGAGUAGGUACAAUUUUAAGGGCGGAAUUGGAAACAUAGGCUUACAUUUCUGUCCUUUGAUUGCCUGAACCUCCCAGAAUGAAAAUAUAUGCUGAAAUAUUUCAUCCACUUUUAAUGACCUCACUAUGUCAUCACAACAUGUUGAACAGUGCGCUGGCUGAUCAGACUAAGCAUGCUUGGAAUUGCAUUACUGAUACCUUAAGAUGUCUCUGAAAAUUUGACACCUUCGUGUAGAGCAUUUACAGUAUUUUUAAAAUAAAUAACACUUCAAAGAAAGCCAGAUGUCAUAUUGACAGAACGAAGAAGCUUAUGGAUAUCAUGAAGCUUAAGGAUGUCAUGAAAGGUGAAGCAGAUUCUUAAUUACUUUAUUGGUCUACUCUUAAUGCCAGAGAAAGGGAAAGCUCUUGUCAGAAGAAGUUCAACCACCGUGUGGUUAUGAAUUUUUUACUUGUCAUACUCAAUUCAUAGGUAGGAAUUUAGAAACAAUCAAGCUCUGAAAACAGCAUAGCUAUUUCCUUAGGCUCUUUGAAGAAUCAGGUUAGUUAGGUAAGAUUCUGUAUCAUUUACUUCUCAUUUUCCAUUUGCUCACUUGGAAAUAUGGUGAUCUGCCAUAGGUGUAUGGAUAGAAAAGAGGAACCAAAUACACAUAUAGCGGAAGCUUCUCUAGACACUCAAGUGGCCAGCCUGUUUUUCAACAGAGUUGACAGCUGCAGCUGAGAUUUCAAAUAAUCUGCCAGCUAAAUAAUAGGCCUCUCUCCUCCACCCCACCCUUCAUCAUAGAAUAUUGCUGGCUCCACUUCAUUGGAUAUCUAGAGUUUGAAGAGUUGUGCACAAUUGUUCUGUCAGCUAGAAUAAUUUAUAGCAGCGUUGUUCCUUUAGAUGUUUGAAAUCUUGAAAGAAAGCAGUUUUGCAAUAUUACAGGGGAGGGAUUACAGCAUAGUCUUUCGUUUUCAAUUUUUAGCGUUAUUGCAGCUGUUUAGCUAUUGCAUUGACUGUUCUGAUCCCAUUUUAAUAAAAUUCCUUCAUUUAACAAUACAAA